AUGGCGCCACCCGCCAAUCCCCUCGCCCCUCCUGCGGCUUCACCGUCUCAGCCUGACCCUGCGACUCAAGACGAACUGGAAGAUGAACUCUCGGUCCAGGGAAUUCUACUAGAGUCACUCAUAGGCUCUGAAGAGGAUACUCCUGCCAAGAGGGCCGAGAUCGAGAGUGACAUCCGACAGAUCAGACAGAGGCUUGCAAAGCUCAGAGCACCACCUGCGCCAGGUCUGUCUCACAACCCUUUUACAGCCAUGUCCGGCUUCAACAACCACAGACCCUAUCCUCAGUUCGGUGCGACCAUCAACCCCGACAUGCUCGACCCCGACUGUGAUCCAUGGGGGCACCCUGGUAGCCUGACGGACCCAUUCGGCGCGAGUAGAAAACGAGCAUUCGGUGCCCACGAUAACGAUGAAGACUCCGCGUCUGCCGGUCCUUCCAAGUCUCGGCGGACGACUCCAUCUCCCCUGAUGAGCGGCUUCUCGAAGCCUUCGCAUAGCCCAUCUAAUGACAUCCAAUUCAUUGACCUUACUAGGGACGAGUUUGUGAAGGGUCAGAGAGCGGGAUACGAGACAAUCGGCGAGAGAAGGCGAAGAGAGGCCGAGGAUGUUGCAGUGGCUAGACGCCUGCACGAUGAGAUUAACAGAUCGGAGUCCUCGUCGUCAACGCUCCCCUCGUCGGGGCCGACAGCCUUUGAUCGUAUGAACCAUCAACCAUAUGCCGGUACCCAAGCUAUUAGUGGGCUUGACCGAAAGGUCAAGGCGGAAUUCGUCAACGACCAGUCACUCGCCUCACCAUUCUCAUCUCGGAUUCCCAGUCAUGUCAAGGCCGAAUCCCCUUCAGCUCGUCACACUUUCGGCUCACCUUUCUCUUCCCGGACUUCUAGUCAUGUCAAGGCGGAAUCUCCUUCAGCAUCACACGUCCGAGAUACACCCGCAGCCGCCAAUGGAGGACACUCCGCGACAAGCGGGACAUCUGUGCCUGCCAGAAGUCGCGCCAAGAUGCCGGGAGCCUUCGACAGCGACUCUGAUGAUGACUUCUCAAUGGUUCCAAAGUCCGAAUUCGAUCAGGCAUCACAUAGUAGCAAUCUGCGCUCCCACCAGCCGUACGGUGGCUCCCAUGCCUCUUCUCCUGCUGGUCCAGCGUUGAACGGAUACAGUGCGACUGAAAGUGCCCGUUCAGCGGCUCUCAGCCGUCAGAGUAUUGGCAUGCAGAAUGGAUUGCACAACGAUGGAACUAACACCUACGCCAGUGGAUCUCAAUCCCUUUCCUUGGCGAACCCGGCAUUCCGUUCCGCUGCUACGCUCGGUGUAGGAUCCCCGUGGGACGGUCUUCCGGGUACUCGACCUGGGGUGUUAUCAAAUGGUUCUGCCAACCCGUUCCAGAACGGGGGAAACCCAUAUGGCGUCUACCAGAAUGGACUGGGCGUUCCAGGUUCCGGGGAUAGCCUUAGCAACGUUAUCGGCCGUACUGGUGGGUAUGACUACCAAAACGGCAUUGACGCUUUGGGAAACGCAUUACCCGAUCACGUGCGGAGCUUUGUAAACGACUUCAUCGAGGACCCGAGGAAGAAUGAGGAGGAGAUCAAAGAGCUCCUAGCCAAUAUCCGUCCCGAUAUGGAAAUUCCCGAGGAGGAUCGAGAGCAGACUCCAGAGGAGCUCAAGUAUCCCCUUUACAGACACCAGCAAGUGGCACUUUCUUGGAUGAAAAGAAUGGAAGCCGACGAGAAGAAGCUUGGUGGCAUUUUGGCCGACGACAUGGGCCUCGGCAAGACCAUUUCAAGCCUUGCUCUCAUGGUCACCAAUAAGGCGCAGCGCCCUCCUGCUCCCGGCAAACGUUUUGUCAAGACUACCCUCAUCGUUGGGCCGCUGGCGCUGAUCCGCCAGUGGGAGCGCGAAAUCCAGAAGAAGAUCAAGUCACGCUACUCUCUCAGUACCUAUAUACACCACGGCAGGAAGACAAACUAUGACCAACUCCGCACCUACGAUGUCGUCCUCACUACCUACGGGACGCUUGGUGCUGAGCUUGGAAAACUGGACAAGCACACAAGGGACGCAACGGCGAAGGAGGGCGGUUACGUGGACAACGCUCAUCUGUCGCAUCUCUGCCCGUUGAUUGGCCCCUCGAGUAUGUUCUACCGCGUCAUUCUGGAUGAGGCCCAAUGCAUCAAGAAUGCCAACACGAAGACUGCGAAAGCAGCCAACCACCUCAAAGCGCAGUAUCGGUGGUGUCUUUCCGGCACUCCAAUGAUGAACAAUGUCUCGGAGCUGUUUUCGUUGAUCCAAUUCUUGAGGAUCAAGCCUUACUGCAACCGGGAGAGGUUCCGCCGAACAUUCGGGUGCCUCAGCGCUGAGCGAAGCAAUGGCAAUAGAGAUGAGUCGAUGCGGGCUCUCCAAGCGCUCCUCAAGGCUAUCAUGCUUCGGCGUAGUAAGACUUCACAGCUAGAUGGGAAACCCAUCAUCGAACUUCCGGACAAGAUCGAGGAAGCAGUCCACGUGGUCUUUUCUGAUGACGAGCAGCAGUAUUAUCAAGACCUGGAGAAGAACAGUCGUGUCCAGUUCAACAAGUACUUGCGGCAAGGCACCGUUGGAAAACACUACGCACAUGUUCUCGUCCUCCUGCUUCGACUACGACAAGCCUGUUGCCACCCCUACCUUCACAUCACCGAUCUGGAAUUCGCUAACAACGAAGUUCCCGAGGAUGCUAUGAUUGCUCUUGCCCAGACCUUAACUCCCGAGGUGAUCAGGCGUAUCCGGGAGGUUGACGGGUUUGAGUGCCCCAUAUGCAUGGAUGCCGUCGAGAACCCCUCCAUCAUGCUCCCCUGCGGUCAUGACGUUUGUUCUGCAUGCUUUCUCCGACUUACCGAGGGCGCUGCGCAACAGAACCUCCAAGCUGGCCAGGAGAGUGGAAACAUGCAUUGUCCGGAAUGUCGUGGUGAUGUCAGCACUCAAAAGAUCAUCACCUACGACAUAUUCAAGAAGGUACAUAUGCCUGAGACGGUCGAAGAGGAGGCACCAGUCGAUGAUGACGAGACUGCAAGCGACACCGACUCUGACGCAACCGAAUCUGAAUCGGAGCAGGCAGACGAUGCUGACCGUCGCGGUAACCUUAGGGGGUUUGUCGUGGCGGACGAUGACGAGGGUUCCGAUAGCGACGAGUCCCGAAGGAAGUCCACGGGCAAGAAAGCCACGCCUGAUGAGGAUGACGACCAGAUUAGUGAUCUGGAGGAUAUCAGCCAGGCCGUGGAGCGAGCGAGCAAGAUGAAGUCCGGGAAAAAGGCGAAGAAGUCCAAGUCCCAACGCAAGGGAAAGGGCAAGGAGAAGGAGAAGGAGGAGGAAGUUAAGCCCCACAUGCUUAAGCAGCUGCGAAAAGAGGCCAGUCGCAAUAAGGAAGCACACGACCGCUACAUGAGGUACCUAAAGAAGAUAUGGCUGCCUUCAGCCAAGGUCAACCAGUGCCGCGACUUGAUCGCCGAGAUCCAGAAGACGGACGAGAAGACCAUUGUGUUCUCGCAGUGGACCAUUCUCCUAGAUCUGCUGGAGGUCCCGAUCAAGUAUGAGCUCGGCCUUGGCUAUCGUCGCUACGACGGCGGCAUGUCAUCUUUGGCGCGAGAUAACGCUGCUCGUGACUUCAUGGAAAACUCUGACGUCAAGGUCAUCUUGAUCUCGUUGAAAGCCGGCAAUGCUGGUCUCAACCUCACGGCAGCGUCGCGUAUCAUCAUCAUGGACCCCUUUUGGAACCCCUACAUCGAGAUGCAGGCUAUUGAUCGCGCUCACCGCAUUGGCCAGUCGAAGCCGGUCAGGGUCCAUCGCAUCCUUAUUAAGGAGACGGUGGAAGAUCGCAUCGUCGCCUUGCAGGAGAGAAAACGAGAGCUGGUUGACGCGGCACUGAGUGAGAAAGCGUCGCAGUCCAUUGGACGUCUUAGUGCAGACGACCUGGCCUACCUCUUUGGUGUUCGAGGUGUUCGUUGA